AUGGCAGAACUCACGAUUUAUAGCAUAAACAGUACAAAAGAGCCACCAAGUCAACUUAGGGUCAGUGAUGGAGGGUUCUAUCAGUAUUGUUCAGUUCCAUUGCCUGAUCAAAUGGUAGUCUUCUGUUUGGGAAAGUUCCCAGUUGGUGAUCGAGAUGUGUCCAUAGAAGCUACAUUUCACUACAAAGAUGAUAUUUUGACACUAGGAACACUUGAUGAAAAACAUAGAGCACUGUGUUGGGAGAGAAGCACCUCUGGUAUACCAGAUAGCAUGACAUCCACUACAGAGAAUGGCAUGGCAAAGCUGGUACUGGAAAUCCAUGGUAUAUCAAAGUCCUCUACCAGUGAUGAAGACACACACAUAGCACCUGUUCUCAAGGCAAAAAAGAGUGAACAAGAAAAGUCAGAGAAAACACCACAGAUCAUUGACAAGAAGGUAGACCCCAUUAAACCCACCAAACAAAAAAGGAGGUCAAGCACGGGUAAAGGAGAGAAGACACCAACGGGACCGUCAUCAAAGAAACAACGUAAAAACACCCGAGUCCGAGGCUUAAAACUCAAGAUGGAGAAUGAAUCGUCUUCAGAGGAGAAAUCUGACAAAGAAAAUAUGAGCAUGGAGGAAACACAGCUGUCCAAGUUGGUCUCAUCAGAAAAGAAAAUCAUUCACAGCCAGCCUCCAAAUCUCUCAAAAGUCUCUCUUUCUUUCUGUAAAGAUGUAACAAGCAGAGUUGGUCCCAACCCAAGCAGUCGAUGGGGUCAUAGUUUGUGUAUGGUUCAUGAGAAGAAAAUGGCAGUACUUGUUGGAGGACAGGGAGAACGACAACAACUCAGCAAAGAUUCUGUAUGGACACUAGAUCCAGUGACAAGGAAGUGGAGAUGCCCAGAGCUGAAGUCGGAGACCCAAAAGCCUGAGUACAGGAUGGGCCACACAGCCUCUUACGAUCCCAUGGUCAAUUGUAUAUAUGUAUAUGGUGGGUCUAAGAACCUCAAAUGGUUCCAUGAUGUACAUAUGUUGGACAUUGACGAAUGGAAAUGGCAGCAACUUAAGGUCUCUGGGAAAGCCCCAACACGAGCUUACCACAGUGCAACACUGUAUCGUAAUGAGCUAUGGAUAUUUGGUGGGGUGUAUCCCAGACCAGACCCCCAGCCAGAUGGUUGUAGUAAUGAUGUACACAUCUUCUCACCUGUCAUGGAAAGUUGGUACACACCCAUCAUCAAGGGUGACAAGCCCAUCGCCAGAUCUGGUCACUCUGCCACUCUUAUGAAGGAUCAGCUGGUGGUGUUUGGAGGCUGGGAUGCACCUUAUGUCUACAAUGACUUACAUAUACUUGACCUGAGUAUGGUUGAGUGGUCUCAGCCCAAAGUAUCUGGCACGCCACCUAAUCCACGCAGUUGGCAUGCUUCCUGUGCACUGACUGGAAACCGAAUCCUCAUUCAUGGUGGUUACGAUGGCAACUUGGCUCUAGAUGACACACAUGUCUUCUGUCUAGAUUCCCUGACUUGGAUGCGUAUCCGUCUCGAUCCCAAACCAAUUGCACGUGCUGGCCACCAGGCAGUGUGCCUGCCUUACUCCCAUGACAACGACGACCAGGACGAAGUGUUAGUGUUUGGAGGUGGUGACAAUGAUGGCGCCUUCUACAGAGAUCUGAUCAGUGUCGGUGUAGCUUUCAACCCAGAGCUGGAAAUAGUUAAUACAGAAGAUGAUGCUCCUCCAGUCUUGUCCUGUAUAGAUGGUAAUGUGGCAUGUUAAAUGGCCACCAGAAUUAGGCAAACUAAUCAGGGAUAUUAUUCAAAAGAAAUCUAAUGGAUCUAAUUUGUUCAUUAUUUAAUUAUAUUUGAGAC